GCCGCCGUCUCACCUGCGCGCGCGUGGACUGCGAGUGUCCCGCUGCCCGGGGAAUGUCGAUGCUGCGGUUGCUACGCCUCUUCCCCUUCGCGUGCGCCGGCCGCUCGGCGAGGUCUGUCCUGCUGCAGCCGCCGCAGCCAUGGCGCGCGUGUCACACGGGCCCCUCCGUGUCGCCUUCUGCUUCCAGCAAGGAGCUGCUCAGGAAGCUGCGGCAGAAGACAGGCUACUCCUUUGUCAACUGCAAGAAGGCUCUGGAGACGUGUGGCGGCGACCUCAGACAGGCGGAGGCCUGGCUGCACGAGCAGGCCCAGAAGGAAGGCUGGAGCAAAGUGGCCAAGCUCCAUGGGAGGAAGACUAAAGAAGGCUUGGUUGGGCUGCUGCAGGACAGGAACGCCUCUGUCUUGGUAGAGGUAAACUGUGAGACAGAUUUUGUCUCCAGAAACUUGAAAUUCCAACAGUUCGUCCAGCAAGUAGCCUUGGGAACCAUGCUACACUGUCAGAGUCUGAAGGAUCAGCUUUCCACAUACAGUAAAGGCUUCCUGAACUCCUCUGAGCUCUCAGAACUUGCAGCUGGGCCCGACAGGCAAGGCUCACUUAAGGACCAUUUGGCCUUAGCGAUCGGCAGACUGGGAGAAAACAUGACACUCAAGAGAGCUGCGUGGGUGAAGGUGCCGUCUGGGUUCUACGUCGGCUCUUAUGUGCAUGGUGUCAUACAGAGCCCUUUGUUGCACAGCCUGCUGUUGGGGAAGUACGGGGCCCUGGUGGUCUGCAAGACUCCAGAGCACAUCAGAAACCUGGAGGAGGUGGGCCGCCGCCUGGGGCAGCAUGUGGUGGGCAUGGCCCCCCUGUCUGUGGGCUCCCUGGAUGAUGAGCCUGGAGGCGAGAGCGAGACCAGGAUGCUGCCGCAGCCAUACCUGCUGGACCCUUCCAUCACCCUGGGACAGUACGUGCAGCCCCAGGGUGUGACUGUGGUUGACUUUGUGCGCUUUGAGUGUGGGGAAGGCGAAGAGCUCGCGGAGGCUGAGUAGGUUGUUGGCCUCCAUGGAAAUACUUAUUUUCAGAUCUGGAUCUCCUAUAAAAGCUACGUUCAAACCUCUUCAGCCCUCAGAUUUGUUUUUGCUUUUUGGUCUAUAAUGACAUUACAUAUUCAUGGGUAAAGAUAUUAAAUAGCUAUGUAAUAAAGAUUUUCUCAUUUGCAUAAUACUGGA